CGCUGGUUGCCUCGAGCGCAGAAAGACUUUGAAGCGCCGAAAGAAGCGCGUGAGGACCAGGAGCCAGACUCGGGUCUUCUUCUUCGUUUACUUUCAGUAGUCACAGACACGGCAAGCAGACCCACAGUCCAGCAGCUCCUGUUUAUCAGGAAGGUGAAGAGUAGGAGGUGGAGGAGAGGAUAGGAAGGGGAGACAGACAGCACCAGUGUCUUGGCGCAUUGGAGCUUAUGGAUUAUUGAGAAGUGAAGGCCAAAACGUGGAUCAAAUAUUUAUGAGGACUUUUUAAAAAGAAGCAAAAAGACUUGCGGGGUAGCGCAGAGAUUCCCCGCAGUGGUUCACCUGCCCGUUCCAGUGCCGUGUGUGCGCUCUCACUUGACCAGAGACCAGAGAAGCUGCUGGGUGAAAAAAAAGGACUGUGCAUCUAGCGCGUGCGUGCGUGUUUGCGAGUGUGCAGCGUGCUGGUGUGCGCGUUUGGAAAGGAGCCCCCCUGCUGCAGUAGCCUACUCGCUCGCCGCGCGGGUACAGGGAUGCCACCGACUUGCUGACGGACCUCCGGUAUCCGCACCCCUCCCCUCCUCCCGGACGGACGGACACACCGACCCCUGCCAUCCCCACUAAUAUGCAAUGGUUUUUUGUGCAGAAGCCGACAGCUGCCGCGUACCGCCGACUUCACGCUAGCGCCGCCGCAUGCCUGUCCGUCGCUGCCGCUCCUCUCCCCGCGCCGCGCGGCAGACGACGCCAUUUGAAGAGGAGCGCUCGGGGGCUUUCCACGCCGCGGCGGCCGGGCAGCAGCAGCGACCGCUCCUUGGCUGAGGACCGCCGGCAGCUAGGGCAGCCGGAGGCGGGGACCGAGGAGACAAGCGCCGCGGCGGUUGCUCUCUUCCUGCCGCACGGGGACGACGUCGACGCGGAAUACGUGCGGUUGGUGGUCUCCGAGCUCGUGGGGGAACCGGGCGAGAAAGCGGGCGAGGAGCCGGGCUUCCUGCUCUUAUUCUUGUCUAUGGUGCAGGUCAGGGCGGCCAAGCACCGCCGAACUGAGCCCAACAGCUGGCCGGCUCUGCUGGCAUGCAAACAGGGGGGCGUAUCAGCCCCCAUGCGGUGGGUGAAUUUUAGGCUGCCGCAUCCGGAGCGCCUCUCGUCCCCCACCUCCUCUUCCUCCACUCCUUCCUCCUCCUCCUCCUCUCCCCCCGUCUCAGCCAAAUCCAUGCGGUUUAUUUGGAACAACAUUUUCAGCAAAGGAUCGCAUAUGCUGCAGUGUCUUUGUGGCAGGAGCCUCAAGAAAAACAAGAACCCAACUGAACCACAGCUGAAGGGCAUAGUGACCAGGUUGUUCUGCAGGCAGGGCUUCUAUCUCCAGAUGGGCCAGGAUGGAAGUCUGGACGGGACCAAAGACGACAGCACCAACUCCUCUCUGUUUAACUUAAUUCCUGUGGGUCUGAGAGUCGUGGCCAUCCAAUCAGUUAAGACCGGUCUCUACAUCGCAAUGAACGGAGAGGGUCACCUUUACUCCUCGGAACUGUUCACGGCGGAGUGCAAGUUUAAGGAGUCGGUGUUCGAGAACUACUAUGUUAUCUACAGCUCGAUGCUCUACAGGCAGAAAGAGUCGGGUCGGGCCUGGUUUCUUGGCCUCAAUAAAGAGGGACAGGUCAUGAAGGGCAACAGGGUCAAAAAGACCAAACCAGCAGCACAUUUCCUGCCUAAACCCAUAGAAGUUGCGAUGUACCGAGAGCCUUCGUUACACGAUGUAGGAGAGGCAGUUCCUAAACUGGUCGGGUGCCCGCCAUCCAAAAGCACAACCACUGGACCGGUAGUCAUGAAUGGCGGCAAACCAGUCAACAAACCUGACAAGGAGGCGACAUAACCCCGCUCCCUGUUUUCACCUCGCCUGGCUGACGGGAGGCCAGGAGAAGCCACAAACUCGCCCCCACCCCCACUGCUGCGCUCUCCAAAAAAACAAAAACUGCAACAAAAAAGGUAACAAAACGAACAACAGUGGGACCACACGUCCAGCCUCACCAGGGGGGCCCGUAGAGACCACGCUGCAGUUGACGGCGGGGGGAAAAGGGGAGAAGGAAGACAGUAAAGUCAGGCUGAUGUCUGACUGAUGUUUCUGAACGAGGACAGUAGCAUGUCCUCAUCGUAUGGCAGAAAGCAGGACUUAAAAUCUAAACAAAACAAACAGAAAUCUGAAAAAAAUGACGUCCUCACCGGUAUUUUUCUGUGACAAUCUGUAAGAAUGAGGCUGUCGUCGUCCCCGCACCCUCUUUUUCCUUUUCUGUUUUUUCCUUUGCCUGGUUCGCUCGCUUGCUGGUGGCCACAGACACACAUGCACGCAGCGCAGCCUCCCCACAGAAAUCGACCACGCGUUCGGGUUCGAUCUUUGAGUAAAUAAGGAACAGAUUAAAAGCAUCAGCAAACAUUGGGCGAAGAGAACACCUUAAACCAAACACUGAUGAUUCAGAGGACGCUUAGUCAUCGAUCAAUUAAGAUUUGGCACAGGACAUUCUGUACUAAGCACACAGGGACAUGUGCUUGGAAAUUGCCGAAUGCACUAAAUACAAGGUAAACGCACCGGUUCACCUGUCCCUACUUUUGAUCACAUAAUAAAGAGAGACUUGUCAUUUAUGACCACAUAGCUUAAAGCAUGUUUGACUUCUCAGUAUUCUUUUACUAUCUGUUUCUCAGUUAUUAUUCUAAACAAACAAAGCACUAGUGAUUUUUGAGCUACACUGCUGUACAGACGUAAAUCGGAUUUGAGUUUCUACCUCUGUGUCUUACACCCCCACCCCUUUCUGUUGUUUUGGUUCCUUUACAAAUGCUAUGAUUUCCACAUCGCUGACAUAAGUGCAGCUCAGGAGAGGAGGAGGUCGGCUGAUAAAUGAAGAGUUUAGGCAUCGAGUUGCUCAAAUCAGCAUGUAGCUGAGUAUUGAAAGGAGAACGAUUUACACAAAUUCCUUGUUUGUAGCAGCACAGACAGUAUUGGAGGCAUGCUGGUGUCUAAGCAGCAUGGUAGCAGUCAGUGUUUACAUAGAGUAGCAGAUAUUCUAGGCUGGUCGGAUGGCGCUAUAAGCCUGGUAGAACUUUUAUUUAUUUAUUUUUUUCAAUUGCCUUCCCAUGUACUUGAAAACAAAAGCAGGAAUUAGGAAUACUGAACAGGGUAACUGAUGUUAAAGCCACUGUGUGUAGAACUUGAACAUCUCUCGCUUCCGACACACCGGACUACUCCAGUGUGUCGGAACCAAGGCCAGGUCUAGAUCAGGAAGUGUUGCCAAAAGCCAGUAAAAAAUAUGGAUGUAGCUUCUGGGUCUGAAAAACGAAGCAAACGCAGAAGUGCCUUAGAAACCUGUACUCUUUUUAAUGGCCAGCAGGGGGCAACUCGUCUGGUUGCAAAACGACUUCUGGCUGUAUAGAAAUCUACGGGAAAACAGGCCCUGGCUUUCUUGGUCUGUGACCCCUGUAAACACUUACCUGAUGACUUUAUGUGCUUUCAGGUCAGGCUAAAUAAAACACCAUUUUCCAUUUUGUCAAUUAUGGUCAUUUCUAGAGUUAGGAUGAUUACCCUGGUCAGCUCAUUGGCUAACAGCUGGUGAUUGCCAAGUCACUAGCCAGUGAGCAACUGAUCCAGUAAACAACAGCCAGAUCUGCGCCUUGUUGUCACCAAGACGCAGUGACGGUAAAAACAUUCAGCUUGAGGCUUUAAAGCAAGACUUUACUGAGCAUUGGGGGACGUAACAGUAGCUAAGUCCGUCUUUUAUACUGGCUUUGGUAUUGCCAAGGGUCUUUUGCAUUAGUCGAACAUUUAGAUUCUUCCGAGAAUUUAACAAAAACGCACUGUGAAGUUGGUUCAAUGAAAAAAAUUGCUAAACACAAAUUAUAAACAAUGAUACAAGUGUACUAUCAGCUAAGUAUACUGCAAGGGUCCGCUUAAGUCCAAGUGACAGACUUCUGCCAUCAAAGGGUGAAUAUGAGGCUCUGCGUUAUAAUGAACUCGUUCAGGGUUUUCGCAGGUCUUCGUGUCUUUAUUAUCAGUUUUCAUUGUGAUUUUAAAAAAAUAACCUAAACUGUAGGAUUAUAACAGUGAGUCAGUAAACAAUUAUUUAGAGUUAUUAAACACAUUUUAAAACCUCUCAACUCACACAAACAGAAAUUAGGCACAACAAAUCAGCCACUUGAGUUUUAGUCAUAAUAGCAUUAGCGGGUCCUCUUCAGUGAGCCAGCUUUAGUUUCAUAACAGAUUGUGUCUGGUCCAAGUACAAGGACUUCAAGGUUGCAAAAGGUUCAGUCAUCAUAAAAUAAAAAUUCUUGUUAUCAAAAAAAAAAAAUGGCCCUGAAAUUCAUAUUAGUCACUAGUUACCUCUGCCUCAAUGUUUAAGUGCCAUUGUAGCUGAGUCCAGAAGUUUAUUGGUUUUUAAACAUCAAGAGCCACAAAAUAACUCUGGGCUGUGUGAUGAAUGGGCUGGGAAAGAAGAUGAUGUUUGUGAAAUGUCGGGCCGACAGUAAUUACACGAACGAAGCUAAAACGAGGCACUUAUAAUUAAAAGUAAGAAAAAACCUCUCAAGUAAUUUAGCCUACGAUAUGUUUUAUAAGGCUUAUAGUGUAAUCUUUGUAAUGUAAACUCGUUAUCCGAGCGCUAACAGAUUCCAAAUAAAUGUGGUGGAAUAAGGAGAAGAAGAUUUUUCUCUGAAAUGUUUAAAGUGGGCUUGUUAAGGUUAUUUCCAGCUUUAUUUUUUUUAGCUUUGCAUGAAAUACUGUUCAAAAUAAUGCUUAUUUGCUGCCCUUUAGUUAAUCCAGUGUCUGAAGGCAGUUGUUUUAGCUCCUCCUUUAAGCCAACUUCCUUCUGAUUGGCUGCCCCUCGUUUACUGGUUCCAGAGCUGUGCGCCUGAGUUUUUGACUCCUGCGUACACUAACUUAUUUAUUUGAAGCUCCGACCGUGUUCGAUGUGAACAUACUCCACUGUAACAGCAUUUGAAUAUAACAGAUUAUAAGGAAAAGCAUGAUCGGUUCCCUUUAAGUCUAUUAAAAUAUGCAGCAUGUGUUUACCUUCCACCUCUGGUUGCAGAUCUGUGUGUCAACGCUGGAUGUGUGAAGAUCCGAGCAAACUGCCUAUCAGCGCUGCAUAAUCGGGCAGGAGAAAUGUUUGUUUUUGGCUGUUACAUUUACACACAGUGGCUUUAAAUCAGCCUGUGCAAUGGCCUUCAGAAAUCUGUGUAGUUUACUUAAAGUGUGGGAAAAAAGGUCGUUUCUUUAGAACACAAUAAAAAACCCCACCAAACAGCAUGCAUCAAUCCCAGCGUUGAAUAAAGCGGUUGUAAAAAUCGAAACACUCAAGAACGACAGUACAAGGUAGAAAAUCAAAGAGAUCAAACCAAAUAGAUUCCCCCCGCUUCGCCCUCUCACUGUGACUGUCAACAUGGCGCCAGUCUGUUCUGGGCCUGAAUCCUGUUCAGGCUGCCAGCCUUUCUGUUUACUCGUCUUUCUUGUGACGGCAACACUAGAUGCCAAUUAACUCCUCGAGAAGUUACACUAAGUAGUUGGUCACAUCGCUGAGAUCCAACACUUCAAAUUAGCGUUCAGUGACAAUGAGGCAUGCAAAUGAAUAUCUUCUGCGAGGCUCAGGAUUGCAGUGCGUCUGCUUUUAAUCAAUGAAAACAGACACUGUGCAUCUCUCUCCCUGUUGCGUUGAGUCCCAGUUUUUUGGGGGGAACAAGCGCUUUGCACGUUAAUCACGCGACUGAACCACUGUUCAGCAGCCUGCCGACACGAACCAAGCCCAAUACCUACAUCAAACGAGCGCUGGCCCCGAAUCUACGGCCUCAGCAACAGGUAUGUGUCGCCAUAGCGGACGAAACACAGAGCUGGUGUAAAAGUCGUCUCGCUGCGUUGUGCAGAAGAUCCCCUCUGUGACUGAAGAGACUGUGAAAAACACUAGACAGCUCACAGUGUUUCUAAUUUUCAGAUUUUUCUUUCCUCACAUACGCCACGUUUUUUCUCUCCUUCCCUGAUCUCAUUAGCUGUUGCCUUCAUGUUCCAGUAUGUGUGGCUGACCAGCGUUACAUAAACAUAAAUCCAGUCUAUGUGGUGAUGCAGGUGUAAUUUCUCAGCCCUUAAAUGCUGUUUUGAAAGAAAAACAUUAGUUAAAAAAAAGAAGUCUUAUUGAGCCAAAUGAAAAAAGAGAGAGAUGUUUCUUUGUCAUGUCGUGUUUCAAACUGUAAUCUUGAUACUGAAAAUCUGCAAGUACAUGUGCAGGUUAUGAGGUAAAAAAAACAAA